ACAAACAUGGCGUCGAACAGACAACCAGUUGCUAAAGGUGGUUUGUGGUCAUCACAGUCAGCUCCAGUCAGCAAGGAGACUCAAAAUCUGUUAAAAGUUAUGAUGGAAGAAUCGAAGUUGACGAACUUUCAACGAAGACAGUUGCAAGACAGCAUGAAAAAGGGUCAAUCUCUACCUGUUGCCUGUAACCCCACAACAAGUAGAAAUGAAAGCAGAGUACAACUAACAAGUGCAUCCAAAAAACCAUUACCUAAAGUGAUGAAUGCAAGACACCUUUCGGGAGGAAAGAAGACAAAGGAGACAAUUGAUAUACAAAAGAGUGUGGAACCACAGCAGAUUUAUCGACCAGCUCCGGGAAAAUUGAUUUCAGAGAAAGAUAAAAGGAGACUUCAGAAUGUGAUGGCAUAUGGCGAGCAUGGGAAGGACAUAGAAGAUGUUCCAACACAGAGAAGACCACCACCCAAAGAAAUGGCACCAGAAAAAGAAGUUGAUAGAUUUGAUGAGAUUCUUCAGGAAAUAGAAGAUCGUAAAAGUUUCCUAGAUGAGAUGGAGGCUCUUGGAGAAGGAAAGAAAUAUAGAACCAUAAUAAUGACAGAGAUAUCACAGAAAAUAAGGGAGCUUGAACUUAUAGACAAGGAAAGAAGCAAAGAGCUCAAUCUGGCUGAGUAGCAAAGGCCCAAGUGAAGAGUAGAGACAUUUUUAUAUUUAAAAAUAAAUUAUUUCUCACCACUUAGGUACUAGAGUAAAUUCAGCUUCAGCUUCUAGAAACUCCUCUUACCUGAUAUUUAGAGCAGAUUCAUGCAAAACUGCUAUGUUCCCAUUAGUGCAUUGAAAAAUUUUAAGGGAGCCAGUAUCUGUGAGUGUGGCCCAAAUUGUGGGUAUUAUUUGUGGCCCUGAUCUCUUCUUACAGACUCAAAACAUAUUUUUCCUGUCCGACAACUGAACAAAGAAACACACUUGUGUAUGAAGUUGAAGGGCAUUUUUGCAGAGUGUUCUUUUUCUGAAUGGAAAAACAAUAAUGGUGUGAUACCCUAAACAAGAACAGAGAAUGUACCACCAACUUGUAAAAAUAUUUUUUAUUGAAAGUUCUAUUUGAUCUGUAUAUUGUUAACCUCUUAGUGUAAGAUAUAGAUAUUUAUGAAUAUCAUACACAUUUUUUUAGUGUUAUACCUAACCUAAACUAACAUUAAUUUUCAAAAAAAUAGUUCUUCAUGUAUCACCCUUCAACCUCAAGUUCACAACACUUCUGUUACUUUUGAACACACAUGCAAUUUGGAGGUGUGUCAAAAAUCACUGCCUGCUGUCCAAACAUUUAAAUGCAAGAUAAAGUCCAAAAAAUUAAUCCUGUCUUGCUCUAACCAAGGCUUGUAAAACCAACCCUUUCAAAGACUAUGACCCUUUAGCAGCUAUGUACCAGACACCAUAGGGGCCUAGAACCCAAUUUGAUAAAUUAAGUAAUUUAUUUUAAUUAAAAUGGGACAGUUUUGAAAGCAUUAAGGCAAAGAAAAAGAAUCUAAAUAAUUUUUUAAUCCAUAUUGUAACCAUCUCAUAAUCAUUCUAAGCACAGAAAUAUCAAGCAAAGCUCAGCAGUGCUGGUUAAACCAGUAAUCUACUCAUGUCAAGAUUAAAUGUUCUGACCUUUCCACAAAGGUAAUGCGAAACUUUGUAGGAUGUACAUGUAAAUGAAGUCUGGCUCAAGCUAUGGUUUAAACAACUUAUGGACCAGCAAAUUUCUUUAAAAGUGGUUUGUUUGAAGUGAAAAAUUAGAUUAUUUUAUGAAGUGUUAGAUGCCAGCCUUCUUUGAAAUGUUCACACUAAUCAAUAUUCAAAUAAAACACUUAAUUUGGCCAAAUAGGAGAUAGCCUGUGAGCAGGCCAUUUCAGCACAA